AUGGCUUCAUCGACCAAAGCGGCCCGCAUGGGCGAGGAGACACGAGUAGACAAGGUCAGCGCCGAGCUCGUCACCCUCACAUACGGCACCAUUGUCGCCCAACUAUGCAAGGACUACGAAUACAACUACCCCGACGUCAACAAGCAACUCGAGCGCAUGGGCUACAACAUCGGCAUACGGCUGAUUGAAGACUUCCUGGCCAAGUCAAGCGCACCUGCCUGCACCAACUUCAGAGAGGUCUCUGAGAUGAUCUCAAAGGUUGGCUUCAAGAUCUUCCUCAACAUUACACCGACAAUCACCAAUUGGUCGAGCGACAACAAGCAGUUCUCCCUCAUCUUUGAAGAGAACCCACUUGCCGACUUUGUGGAACUGCCCGACGAUGGCCGCGCGCAAGAUGAGCUCUGGUUCUCCAACAUCCUGGUCGGCGUACUGCGGGGUGCACUAGAGAUGGUACACAUGCAGGUCGAGGCGCACUUUGUCAGUGACGUUCUCCGAGGCAAUGACACAACUGAGAUGCGGAUAACGUUGAUCCGCUUUAUUGACGACGAGAUGCCACCGGACGAUGAGUAG